CUUCAAAUUCCAGUUCUUCUUCCUCUAGGAAAGGACAGUAAAUCCGAAGCCAUAAUGAAGAGAGGACAUUAUGGAAACUAUAUUUCCCAACCUAACGCAAAGAUCCCUAAAACGACAUUUUCCCGCAUUUUGAACAAGUCAAAGAUGUGGUCUGAAGAUAAUCUAACAUGUGCCAGUGAAAACGUGUUGUCAGAUAACAAAGAUCUGGAGGCGAAUGUGUUUGAGCCUCUUCAGAAUGAGUUGACUUGUUCAAUACAUGCACAGCUAUCCAGUUUCGUAAAUGAUAAUCCAGAAAUUUUAGAUUCCAGUGGAAUUCCUACCUGCUCACAACGUUCUAGUCAUCUAGAGUCUGAAGUUCCAACCAGCUUAGGUUCAUCUGAGUUUCAACAACCAAAUGGUGGUUGUAAUGUAAAGACACAGUCAAGAUGGCUGACAAGGGAAAUGUAUUUAUUCCUCAUGCUUCAUCAUGUGAUAUAUCAACACAUAAUGACUAGAUCUUGGUGUAUGGUGAUGUUUGACCACAGUGGCUGGCUUCCAUUCUCUGGAGUCCGUCCAAGGCUGCAGUCAAACUUUGGUCCCAGGCUGAAGUUCCUUCAUGUCCUUGCUUGCAUGGCAGUCAUGUUCUGGCAUUUCAUGGAUAGCUUUGAUCUUCUGGGGAUCAAUCUUCAGGCCCUCGGCGGUAAGGAGGUGUCCUACGUAAGCGAUGAUUGCAUCAUCCAUUAUAACUUCCACACCAUCCAGGUCUUCAACCAUUUGAUCCAUGAUUCUUUGGAAGAUCUCUGGGGCACACUUUACGCCAAAGGGAAGUCUUGUGAACCUGUAUUGGCCAAUUGUGGUGUUAAAGAGACGAAUACAACACUGUAUGAGGAGUGCGAAAUUCUGAAACCAACAAAUACAGCUACCACUGGCAUCGCAGAUGAAGUUAGGCCGUGGAACUUCCCAGAGGAUGAUCCUGCUUUAUUUGACAUAAGGCCUGCAAUUACCUUUGCUGCAGAUGAAGAGGAAUGUUUAGAUGACAUUUGGAGUGUCGAGGAAGGCUCUGAAACCUCGGAUAGAAGUGCUACAGAAUCCGAAAACACAAGCAAAGAAAAUGAUACAAGUGGUAUACCACUGUUCGAAGGAGCUUAUUUAACUUUGGAUAUGAGCAUGCUGCUGAUGAUUACUUUUGCCAUGCGUCACAGCAUCACAGGAGUUGCUUUAGCAGACCUGCUUGUACUCAUUGAAGUUCAUCUUAUUUCACCUAAUUGCUUUGGCCAUUCCAUGAAGUUGCUGCAUGAUUUUUUCAAGAAGUUGAAGAACCCCAUUGAGUUCCACUACUACUGCUCAUUUGUUGAGUACAUUGGUGCAAAAAGACACCCGGAACACUGUACAAACAAACAUUGCCUGAAAGAUUUCUCAAAGGAAGGUUCUCUUGCCUACUUUAUUGUUGUACCUUUCAUUACCCAGUUACAGUCCCUUUUAGCAAGGGAAGAAGUGUAUGACCUCCUUCAGUACCGUUUCACUAGCAAAAAGGAACAUGAGAGCAACAUUGAGGACAUUUUUGAUGGGCAGUUGUACCUUAAACACUUUGCAAAGGAUGGAUCCUUCAGAGCAACAAGUGCAGAACAAAAACAAAAGGAGAUCCAUUUAUCACUUCAGAUAAACACAGAUGGUGUUGCUCUAUUUAAUUCUUCCAAAUUUAGCAUUUGGCCAGUCUACUGUGUAAUAAAUGAGCUUCCUCCAAAGUGCAGGUGCACAACUACAUGUACUUCUGGGAAACCAUAGUGUGAAAUAAGGACAGUUUCCACUUAACAUUCAAGCAAUAAAGGCAAAAAUAAAGAUGCUAAGGAGAAUGCAUAGC